CAACCUGCCUUGCAUUGUAAAUGAAAUGUUAAUUUGUAAAAAAAUGCUAUAAGAAUGUUUAUUUUUUAUUAUCCUUAAUCUUCCAAGUUUUAACAUUAAACUUGUUUGACAUGAUUUCUCUAAUUUCAUGUUAGCUUUUUUCCUAUUUUACUGUUUUUUGCAGUUCUUUUUAUAGAGUAGUGUAUUAAUGGCAUAUAUAUGUACUGCGUUUUCAAGUCAUUUAUGACACAUAUAGCAUUAUGGCUAUUCAAGGAAAUGCAUAUGACCUGACACAGUCUUAAUGGUUUCACCAUGAAAGGUAAAUGUUGUACGGCUAAGACACUAACGUUGGCGUUGACUCAAGAAAGUGUAAUUUGCAAUCGAUCAGUGUUGUUGCAAGGUGGUGAAAAUGCCAACAUACAUGAAAUUUAUUCGGCAGAGUUUAAGUUGGCAUUAGACUCAUAUCGAGAGCAUGCCAAGAGGCUCAUAAACAAACAGUUGAGACUUCCACCGAAUAAUGAAAGUUAUGAUAUAAAAUUCAGUGGAUUCCGUAUUAACCCGGAACAUGUCCGUGCAAAAACAUCAAUAGCGAUGGAUCUUCACAUUGUGGGUAACUUUUUGACGAAAAAAGUGAAUUUUUAUAAAUAUGAGGAUUUUUUUUCGGCAUCAGGGAAAGAACUUAUUGAAAUUUUAAAGCGUGCAAUAGAGACUGUAGUAAGAGAUCAUGCCAAUAUAGAAAUUACAACAUCGUGUUAUAAAUUUGAUAGUCUUAGCAUGUCCUUCAAAUUUCUGUUACAGAAGUCAAAUAUCACUGUUUUUAGUAGUUUUGAAGAACAUCAAGUUGUUAAGGUAUUAAAUGAGGAGUCAAGAUCAUGUAAAUUGUCUGAAUUUAAAAUGCGAUUAAGUGAGAUUGGGAUAGAAUUUGGUAUGGUGAAGAUUGACUUUCCAUGUUCAAAACCAUGCAGGAAAGUGUUAAUAACAACAAAUAUUAUUGUGGAUGAAUCUCACAAGUUAUUAGAUUUAGAUGACCAACUGAAAGGAGUUCAAGCAAGUCUUGAAGCAUUUUCAGUUGUUUACAGGGAUAUGCGAAAUGAAUGUGAUAAAGAAGUGAAAACAGGGAACAGUUCAUUGUCAAAUGGUUUAACUCCGCUUAUUACCGUGAACGGAUGUGACUCGCACCCAGUUCACCCCUUGCAAAAAUUGGAGACAACAGCAGAAGAUCACCUGUUUAUAUUUGGAAAAAAAAUUGAACGAUGUGUUGCUUUGAUUUUGGUGGAUAUUCAGAAUGACUUUAUUUCUGGAAGUCUAGCCUUACGAAAUGCUCCUGCGAAAGAAGACGGAGAGGAAGUUGUUUCAGUCGUUAAUCAAAUUUUAGAGAACUACAAAUUUGAUGUGGUUGUAUAUACGCAAGACUGGCAUCCUCCCAACCAUUGUUCCUUUAUCACCAAUGUAGAUAAAUAUAAAAUCCAUAGUUGCUCAAAGAAAACUGCAGAGAAUGUAAAAGUUUUCGAUCAAGUGGUUUACGAUGGUGAUCCUAUUUUGGUUCAAGACAUGUGGCCACCGCACUGUAUACAAGGUUCCUAUGGUGCCAAAUUACACCGAAACUUAAAUGUCUUACAGGACGGUGUUAUAUUGCAAAAAGGAACAAAUCCUUCCAUAGAUAGUUAUUCAGCAUUCUGGGAUAAUGCAAGAAAAUCUCAGAGUAAAUUGAAAUCCAUCUUGGAAAGCCAUAACAUCACCACAGUGGUUAUUGCAGGAUUGGCUACAGAUUAUUGUGUUGGUGCCACUUCUAUUCAUGCAGCCGAAUUUGGUUUUGAUACGUAUAUUGUGCAGAAUGCGUGCCGUGGCAUACAUCCAAGAGAGAUUGAUAUUAGAAUUGAACAGAUGACCAAAAAAGGUGUUAAUAUUAUUGGAUCUCAUGAGAUUCCUCAAAAACAAAGUGCAUGGUUAACAUUUCCUCCACUCAGUCCUGGUGGAAAUAAUCAGUACACUGAAGAUUCCGUCACUGUUAAAUCUUUAUUGGAGAAUUUUAUUAUUUUCAAAACAUUAGAGGAAUUCCUAAAUAAGCCAGAUUGUGAUUGUAAUUGGUUUAAACUGGGAAGGGAACUCUCAAAAGUAGUCAACAUAUCAGAAAGUUAUUUAACGAGGAUACGAAAUCGAGAGCGAUGUGGCGGUGGAAAUCCUGCAGAAGAGUUAUUUAAUAGCAUUAAGUCUAAAUUACCGUGGCUUACUACAGCUGAAUUUUCUGCUUUGAUUAAAGAAUGUCAACGAGAAGAUGUAAUGCGGUAUUUGAACGAAACGGUAUUGCCGGAAUUAUUUAGUAAUUUAUCACUUGAGCAGAUCGAACACUUGUCUGCCUUACUUAACACAAGCAAUGGUCCAGGUUGGGAUAUCUUAGCAGCCAAAUUGGGAUAUACUACAAGUGACAUUGACUUGUUAAGAAGUGUUUCUAUACAGUCUGGAUAUACUUACAGUCCCACUGGGAGCCUGCUGAGACGGUUGUUACACAUUAGUCCUGAUUUGAAAGUCAGUGUGUUAACGAAUGCUGCUCGACGCAUACACCGAAACGAUAUUGCUAAUUUUUUAUCAGAAAAUAUCAAGGAAAUAAACAAUCAACGAAUUGUGUUGAACCGAAGACACAGAUUCCAGACGUUUUGAUGGUGAUAAUAAUUUCUCCGAAGAUACUUUACCCAUCGAAAUUGUUGGAUUUGUUAUCUGCAUAUUUUGUAUCAAAAUUAUGCCAUAUUUUUACUGGAUCUAAAUUGGUCGAAGUUUGCAAUUGAAAUAUUAAAUUUUUAGUGAAUUAUUUAAAGGGAGUUAUUUGUAUGAAGAAGGUAUAAAAAAGAAAAAAGAAAGGUGUCUAUUUUUAAACUUUCUUGUGUGUGUAUGGUGCUAACUUUUUAAAGAAUGAAAAAUAAGAAAUUCUUAACAACACUAUAUCGCGACGUUUUUUUUUCACUCUUGCAGACAUUGUGAAAAUGUUAUAUUAAUAGUUACACAAAGUUUAUUGUGUUCUCUCUGAGACAGAUGUUUGGGCUGUGAGAGAUAGAAGAAAUAUUGUAGAAAAUUAAGUUGGUGAUUUUCUGAAAAAUCAUCAUGGUAGUAACUGCAUAACAAAUUUAACAGCCAGUGGAGAAUUAGCGAUACGCCCUAAUGUUGUUAACUGUGCUAAAGGGCUCGUUUAUGCCACAAUAUAUAGCAUUUUAACGACUGCAGAAAGAAGAAAGCGUAAAACUAAGAUUUUUUUUUCUGUUUGAAAUGUUAAUGGUCACUUUUGCCCCAUAGGAAAUACCUUAUAACUGUAACACUUGACAGUUCUUAUGAAAGUGAGCACAACGUGUAAAUAUGAAUUACUUUCCAAAACUUCUAUUUUAAUUAUAUUUGUUAGUUUGAAUAUAAUUUAAUUUUCUUAUUGUAAUCUGGUGUAUGUCCUUUUUGUUGUAGCAAUUGUUUUGCUCAAUAAAUGUGGAAAAAAAUAUUUUCAUACUAUCGUUGAAAAUACUUUGUAAUGUCAAUUUUUUCAGCCUUUGUGUCUGGUGAGGGCAUUAAGAUUCUACUAGUCUUUAGCCCAUGAAUGAAUUCGCAAGCUCGUCCGUCCUUUAUAUAUCACAUUUCGUGUGUUCUUAGCACAGCUAUAAAAUGACGCAAAAAUUAAAUUCCGGGUGCCAAUAGCUAAAGGGGAAGAAAAGCAUCAACUGUUGUAAUAUAUGAAUUUCUGAAAUUCUAUUGUAACUACCUAAUUUUGUAUUGAUUUCCGCUGUAUGUUUUUUUAAAGAGAACAAAGAUCUACUAUACUUGUA